ACAGUCAUCAAACUCUUACGAUCAGGGAGAGAUUAUUAUCGGAAAGCCAGCUUUAACCGCUUCAGGACAGAAUAACACUAACAUACAAAAUAGUUAUAAUACUUUGGACACUGUCACGCAAAACGUGUCUGAUAUUCGUGACCAAAAACACCAACAAUCACAAAUACACGAAACGAAUAGUUUGGAUCAAAUCAACGGCGGGAAGCCAUCUUUGGAUCUAACACCGACUUCUCCAUCAAAACCUUUGUCUACAGACAACGCUUACUUUGGAAUUGACGACCAAAUACAUCACCCUGAUAUAAACGUAUUUGGUGAACACGGAAUCAGACAAGAAUCUUCUCAAAACGAACACAGUUCAUCGGAUUUUGAAAUCCAUCCUUCCAUUCAGACAUCAGCUGAGGGAAAUUCCGUUAUACAUCAGAUUAACAACGCUUUCCAAUCUGAUAUCCGCCCGACGACUGAAUCGCUUUUACAAAAAACAAUUCUUAAGUCACACAAUUCUGGUUACGUACUAUUUCAAAAUUUCCCAGAACCCCCACUGAGUUCCCUACCAGAAAACGUUCUGAAACAACAAAUUCCUCCUCCAACACCGUUUCAGAAUACAUUCCAACAAAAUCCUUAUCUACCUCCGCUAACUUCCAGUAACACCUUUGAACAUUCCCUGAAGACGGAAGAAACCGCUUCAUUUCUAAGUCCGCCUCCGAAAGACAACGGAGAAUACAAUACAGUAAUCAACACCGCGACACCCGAAUAUACGUUCUGGACACCGACAUCGCUACCUCACUCCGUUUCCCUGUCGCCAGAAAUCGAAGAAAAUUCUUGGGAACUAACAACACAAAAACCAUCGAAACAUUAUAAUCAAGGUGUAAUAUCGGCUUUUGCAGAAGCAGCUGGUCUCCUUCCACCACCGCCCUCAUUGCCCGAGCCACUGAACCAAUCAAAUAAGAAACCCAAACAAAUACAGAUCAUAGUGCCAUAUACCUCAAGCAAGGAACUUAUGAAAUUUAAAUUUCAGGAUACCAGUAAACCCUUAUUCGACACGUCGGGAUGGUUUCCUCUAACAGGUAAUGAUGAAAUCAAACAACAAGGUAGAAAAGCUCCUUCGGUACCUUCAUUACACGUGAAUUGCACUGGUGAUGAACGUUCAUGGCAACUGUGCAAAAAUAUUACUUCACCUCCAUGGCAAGAUCAAAUCGACUACCACCAGCACCAAGAGUCCAGAACGGUCGAAGCAAAAACUUCUAUUUUACAGACCGAUAAAGAAAUUACACGAUCAUAUCCAGACAAGAAUAAGACCGAAAUUCAACAAGUAUUUACUACAAACAUCCGCGAUCUACUUCGAGGAGAGCAAGAUAUCAAAGUCCCCGAUUACAUAACUUUACAGCGUUUACAGAAAAACAUCGACGAGUGGACAGCAUUGGAAUAUUCCAAAUGGAAAUCGCUCGACAGAUCCAACGAGACCAAAAACCUCGAAGGAGAUAGCCUAAGCACACUUUCUCCGUCUUCUGGAAAUCUCUUCAAACAUUUAUUCGUUCCGUCGAAAAAAAUACCCGAAGAAUAUCUAACGACAACUCCCUCACACUUCGACGACGUCACAUCAACUGAAAACUCUGUUGCCACAUCUAUUCCUGUUUUCAAACAAAGUAGAAUUUCGACGGCGAUCAGCAACGCAGAGCCUUAUUCUGGUAGCAAGACGCAUCCAGUGCUACUUAGUAGCAGCGGUGAAAGUGAUUACUCGCCAAAGAUCAAUCACGAUAUCCCAUUAAAUCACCAGCGGAAAGGCGAUAACCACAAAUGGAAAUUUAUCGAAUCAAAUAAUAUAAUUCCAGAAGCACUCAGAAUAACGACAAAAGAAACAUUCUCAGCUACAACAACUCCUUUGACCGAGGAUGUGACAAACACUGAAAAAACUACGUGGGACAACAUACCCUUAUCGAUAUCACCAGUCACAAAUGAGAAAGUUUAUAUUGUGACUCCCAUGACCAACUGGAUACCAGAAUCCACGACUUCUAGACCAUAUCAAACAACGCCAUAUUCAACUAAGACACAUUCUACUUCCAUAAACGAUGUAUUCCCGUUCAGAAAUGGUCCACCGUCAGCACAGAAACUGGUAGCAUUACCACCACUUUCGUUCAAAUCUCCCCGUUUUAUCAUCAGACCAGCUCCAGCGUCAAGUAUACAACGAUCAUAUAUUCUGUCGCCAAUGGAAAAUGACAGUGACACCUGGGACGAUAAGACGGCUACCUCGAAGCCGAUCAAAUUGAAUAAAAUCAAUGGAAACACAGACUUCGAACAACACUCCACCGUUCGAGAUAAAGCGACACCGACGCCGAACGUCACAAACGAACACUUGCACCUUGGACUCUCCAUAUUGCCGACCUACAUGCCACCUGUCGGCACACGCGUACAAACAGACUCUGGUCAUUCAAAGGUGGUGACUGUUGUAAAUACAGCAACAGAGACAUCUAUUGGGAACAAGCAGAGUAAGAAACAGUCCACACAGCCAAUAACCAAGUUACUUCCUAUAACAUCAUUGGAACCGCUCCGUUCGACAGAGACACAGAGAGGAGGGACUUCAAGGGAAAGUUCCAGCAAUCUUUCGCCGAAAAGAAGUUCCUAUUUAUGGCAAUUUCCCGAUCUUUCUGGACAUUCACUUAAGUGGGAAGAUUUGGAUGAAGUAAAAGACGCAGUGUUAGAACUAAAGAGAGAGAGAAGUUCGUAAAAAUACAACAAAACAAAUGACUGUAUUUUAACCAAAUGGAUUCCAAUCGCUGCAUGUUAUUUACAAGUUUCAAUUCAAUCCGCGUUUUCUCGUCUCCUCAUUACAUCGGUUUUUCAAACAAUAUUACUUUUAUUUAUAGAUGAAAUUUUAAAAUGACUAUGGCACAUUGCGCCGUAUAAACUCGUUUAUAGGAUCAAAUAUUGUCUCCAUCUUUAUUUCUAAGGUUUCCAUUUUAAGGACUUAAGGUGGAGACAACACAUUUCUCAGAAACUUUGAUUUAUACCGAAGAGUGUACGAGUCUCCAAGGACAUUAUAAUCCUCAAAUUCAUAAAACGCUAACAUGCAAUCAAUCCUGAGAAAACUACAUUUUUGUUUUUAAUAAUUUAUCAAGUUUGUUUCAUAAGGGGACGUUCACCGCAAAAUUCAAUUUUAAAUCGCAAUUUUUAUAACAGAAAUAUUAUUAGUUGUAUGAAAAUCUUUUACGAAAAAUUUCAAGACAUGUAUCAAUCGAAAUACAUAUUAAACGUCGUUUAAUAUUUGCAUCACCAUAAAGUGAUCAGUCAGAAAGGCGUAUGAAUACAAUGUUUUCUGAGAACAAGAAGUUAAUAUUCAGUUACGAUGAUGGUACAAACUGAACACGAUAAUAAAGGAAUUAGAUUAGUUUCCAGUGAUUAUCCAACAACCUAUAAAAUAAAAUGCUUUACUAUUGUAAACAUCCAACUUUGUGUAUGUCUUCCUAGGGGCUGUCAUAAAAUUUUGUACCUACAUAAUUUUUAAUGUAAAUGUCAAAUUAUGAAAACUAAUUUAAUAAGACAUUCAAUUUAUAUAUUUUGAAAUUUACGUUUAUAAAAAAUUAAUAAAUUUGUUAAAAUAUUCCAUUAUUUUGAAAGUUACAAUAUAUAUCUGUGUCGAAUAAAACGUUCACAGAAUAAUAACCCAAUUAAUAUGUUUUUAAAUUUUGUAUUUGAUUAUAUGAGAUAGUUUGUGGAUGUUCGAUAGAAAAUUCGACAUAUGAAAAUAUUGCAGUUAUUCAAAUUUUAAAAUAUGUAUGAGAACGACCUAUCCAAUUUUCCUGGAUCUAGGAAAUUUAAAGCUAACAAUUUUAAAAUAUCUUUUCACGUGGGUAUGAGAUAUACUUUUGUGCACUUUAUUAACAGUAACUUCAAUUUCACAUGUUCAGUUGGACUGGAAAUAUUUCUUCUGAAGUUCUAUAUUUCUAUAAUUUAAAAUAACGUAAACAAUUGUAAGAGACUGAAUAGUAUGUAUUACGUAUUUGGUAAACAUCUUGUCCACCAUACGUUUUAAAGUAAAAUGUGGACAAACUGAGAAUAUGUAAAUUAGAAGCAGGCAUAACGUAUUUAUUAAUCCUGCUCAUAACUUAAUUAUAUAAUAUGGCAACAUGUCAUAUAAAAAUAAUUAUCUUCGUACAUUUCUGCAUAAUCUCGUCCUAAGCAAAGAUUUAAAUAUGCAGAGAAAACAGUACGAAAACAUUUCAGAGAGAGAAGCAAUAUUAAUUAAAUACUUUAUAUUCAUCAGUCUGACGUUAAAUUUAAGUAGUAUUUUUGUGUGUCGUGAGUAUGAAUAACAUUUCGAUGACUAACAAUAAUUCCAUAAUGUGUGCGUAUUAGUAUUUAUAAUACAAAUAGAUGUAUAAUUGUGUUUUGUGGAAUAAAUGGAACAUUGUAUUUAGUAUUAAUUUCAAAUUUAGAACUAUAUUAUCUAUUUUAAAUUUAAGCACAAUGUAGGUACUUUGUUACCGAUCUACUUUUCACAUUUAUAUUUCUUUAAUAAAUAUUUUUUCAAUAUAUAUUGCUUUUGUGAAACAGCAGAUUAAAAUGUAAACACAUUCUGUGUCGCCUCUUAAAUAUUUGGAGUAGAUUACAGCAUAACUGAAAUGGUUCAUAAUCUGUACAAUGAUAUCAUGACCAGCUUUUGUGUUACCAUCUAAACCAAGACUGACAAACACCCGUUAUUUAAAGCGAACAGGCUUCCAGACAUGUGGAAGAAUAAUUUAAAUUAUUCCUGUAACAGUUUUGGCAUUUAUAGGAAAUUUACAUGCGUCUUCCUUACUUAUAAUUUAAGAGUCUAAAUAUUAUUACAAAAACUCACCGGAUUAAUUUAAUUCUGCCUCAUAAUAACUACAUUGUAUCAAGUUUAUAAAAACGUUCGUAUAUAAAGCAGUUUCAUUAAAACAUAGGAAAUAAAUUCAAAGUGUGUUGCUGAAUACAAUGCAACUAAUUUCUAUAGCCCUUGCUUAAUUAAAUCUACGUCAAAACCUUAUCUGCUAUUAGUGCUAAUUUUCUGUUGGCUGCAGAGAACUCUAAAGAUGUAAUUACAAGUUAAAUAUAAUAGAGAAACAUAGAAAAAAUA